GUCUGGUUGAGUGUUUGACAGCGUGGAACCUCAGCAACAAGACUGACACAUUAUCUCUGUGUGACGUCUCUUUCAUUCGGCAACUCUGAGAUAAAGAAACGCAUCAGCACACAAACAACUUCCCGGUGUAGGAGUGUGGUGAAGGAACGAAAGAAACCGAACCGACAACAUGACCUGUCCGCUCGUCAGUGGGAUGUUUCUCACUCUGUCUUUGGCUUCAAUGGCUUUGUCCAGCCUGCACCCUGAGUGUGAGUUAAUAUUUCAGCUGGAAAGAGAGGAGCAGAACUGCCUUCAGUACAUCGUCGAGCAGGGCAACAGAAGCAUGGAGGGCUGUCGGCCAUUCUGGGAUGCAGUCGUGUGCUGGCCUCUUGCAGUGUUUGGGGAAACAGUCCACAGAGCUUGUCCUGCAGUCUUCUCCCUCUUCAAAAACAACACAGGUUCGGUGAGCCGUAACUGCACCACUGAGGGUUGGUCCAGACCUUUCCUGCCGUAUCACAUCGCCUGCAGUGUGGAUGCUGACAUCCCCGAGGCCGAGCAGUCAUACUAUGCCACAGUGAAGCUGAUAUACACCGUCGGUUACAGCAUCUCUCUAUUAGUGCUCACUGUUGCUGUGAUGAUCCUGUUGCUCUUAAGGAGGCUCCGCUGUGCCAGGAACUUCAUUCACAUCCAGCUCUUCAUCACAUUUAUCUUGAAAGCUGUGGCCGUGUUCAUAAAGGAUGCUACUCUGUUUUCAAGUGACGACACCAACCACUGCACCCUAUCCACAUUUGCCUGUAAGGCCUCUGUGGUCUUCUGUCACUACUGUGUAAUGGCUAAUUUUUUCUGGCUACUGGUGGAGGCGCUUUACCUCAAUUCUCUGCUGCUUUCGUCCUUCUAUCACAGCCGUCGAUGCCUCUGGGGCUUCAGUCUGCUGGGAUGGGGUGUACCUGCAAUCUUCAUUGUUCUAUGGAUUGGAUCCAGGGUGUACUUUGAGGACACAGAAUGUUGGGACAUCAACGAGGACUCGCCCUAUUGGUGGAUCAUUAAGGGACCCAUUGUUGUGUCGAUUGCGGUCAAUUUCAUGCUCUUCAUGAACAUCAUCAGAAUCCUGAUACAAAAGCUCAAUCCUCGGCUGAUCCAGUUCAAUAAUUCGUCUCAGUACAGACGCCUGACCAAGUCCACGCUCCUCCUCAUCCCUUUGUUUGGUACUCACUACAUGUUCUUCAAUUUUCUGCCUGACUACUUUAAUGUCAACCUGCGCCUCUGCAUCGAGCUCUGCAUGGGAUCCUUCCAGGGGCUUCUUGUCGCAGUUCUCUAUUGCUUUCUUAAUCAAGAGGUCCAGAAAGAGGUCCACAUGCUGUGGCUGAAGUGGCAGGAGAGGAGCUAUGGUGUAGUGCCACCUGCUGUAAAGGGCAGCCAGAUAGACACACCUUUCUAGUGGUCUCCUGGCAUGUCAGCCUUCUCCUUCUGGUUCCAGUGAAUGUUCACUGAGGAUUGCUUCUGAUCGCCUCGGGUGCUUUACAGUACACACAAUAGCCCUGCACCAUCGAAGUCUGUCUGUUCUAAACAUUUUUAAUAAUUCUUCUUCAGCCAGAACGGAGAAACUAUACGGUGAACUACAGUAUAAAACAAAAAUGUCUCAAAACAGAUGUUUUGAACUCAUAUUUUAAGGCAGGUCCUGUCUAUUUCCCAUUACAACAACUUUAGAAAGAUUAGCUGUAAGAUAGCAUUGAAAGAAAAUAAUUUUGCUGAGCAAAGAGCCUAAAAUCAGUUCUAGCUACUGUCGAUGUGAUGCUCAAUUGUUAAAAGUGCUUCUCACUGUACGCUUUAACGUUUAAGUCUAUCAAAAUGUGUUGUGUUCUGUGAUGCCUCAUGGUCGUGUUAGCCGUUAUAAAGACAACCCCCGCCAUUUGUGAUUGAGCAAAAGACUGGCAACAUGACCAGUAACAGUAUCAUGGUGAUUAUUCUAAACCAUUUAAAGUCCAUAGGUAUACCUGCUAAUUGUUGUACAUUAUUUUUGACAUGAUUGAAAUAAUAAUGAAAGAACUGGUUAUACCAUUCCCAUGUUCAUUUGUAAAAUGUGUUGUAACCUGAAAUGAAUUUUCAUUGAGAUUUAAUGUUGUAAAAAAAUAUUAAAUUACUGCCAUGCUCGCGAGGACCCCA